CGGGCGCUAUCGCGAGCCCGUGCAGGCGGCGAAGGGGCUUCCGCCUGCCCUCGCCUCCCUCCCGGCCGGGCACGGGGAGGCGCCCCAGCCGGCCGCCGCGGGGGGCCCUCGCCGCCCCCCUCCCCGCGCCGCGCGGGGGACGCGGUAACUUUCCGUCGCGUCGCCGAGAGGCGGCGGAGGGGAGAAACUUUCUCCCGCGUCGCCCCCCGCGGCCGCCCCCGGCCUGGGCGGCGGGGCCUGGGGCUCGCGGCGGCGCGGGGCGCUGCCUGCGCCCGGCCAUGUUACCGCGGCGGCGCCGGGCGGCUGCCGGCGGAGGGACUUGUUGAGGGAAUGAAACUUUAGCAAGAAGUCUCUUUGUCCAGGCCUGGCUAGAAGCGAGAGAAGCAAAGUGUAGAAGAAAUGCCCUGAUGAGAAGAUAUAACGUCUUGUAAUGGAAGAUGGAAGACAAAGGGGCUCGUGUUGCUGACUACUUUGUUGUCGCAGGAUUAACAGAUAUUUCAAAACCACUAGAGGAAGAAAUCCACUUCAAUGAUGCUUGCCAUAAAAUUGCUAAACCAAAAGAACCUAUUACAGAUGUAACAGUAAUUAUUAAAUCUCUGGGGGAGGAAGUUCCUCGGGGAUAUAAAUGCAUAGAUGUUACUCCGUCAGGACUCUCUGCAGAUCUCAAUAAUGGGAGUCUUGUAGGACCGCAAAUAUACCUUUGUUAUCGCAGAGGAAGGGAUAAGCCCCCGCUUACUGAUUUGGGGGUUUUAUAUGAUGGAAAAGAAAGAGUAAAACAAGGUUGUGAAAUAAUUCAAACUACUCCAUAUGGUCGGGCUGCUAAUAUUAGUGGGAGUGCCUCAUCGCAAAGGGUGUAUGUCACUUACCGAAGAGCAUCUGAAAACAUGACGCAGAAUACGUUGGCUGUUACAGAUAUAUGUAUAAUCAUACCAAGUAAAGGAGAAACCCCUCCACAUACGUUCUGCAAAGUUGACAAGAAUCUUAAUAAUAGUAUGUGGGGCUCAGCAGUAUAUUUAUGUUAUAAAAAGUCUGUGGCAAAAACCAACACCAUAUCAUAUAAAGCUGGUUUAAUAUGCAGAUAUCCAGAAGAAGAUUACGAGUCAUUCCCAUUACCAGAAUCUGUGCCUCUGUUUUGUCUACCUAUGGGUGCAACAAUUGAAUGUUGGCCGUCUAACAGUAAAUACCCUCUGCCAGUUUUUUCUACAUUUGUACUAACUGGAGCUUCUGCAGAAAAGGUAUAUGGUGCUGCUAUUCAGUUUUAUGAACUGUAUCCUGAAGAGAAUCUGACUGAGAAACAAAAAUCUCAACUGGGAUUAGCGGCUGCUGUCGAGGGAAAGUCAGAUGCCUGCAGAACAGUUCAAACAAACAAAUGUAUCUGUCUGCUCUCUCACUGGCCUUUCUUUGAUGCUUUCAAGAAGUUUCUUACCUUUCUGUAUCGUUACUCUAUUUCCGGUCCCCAUGUUCUACCCAUUGAGAAACAUAUUUCCCAUUUCAUGCACAAAGUUCCCUUUCCAUCCCCUCAGAGGCCAAGAAUUCUAGUUCAGCUAUCUCCACAUGAUAACCUGAUUCUUAGCCAGCCUGUGUCAUCACCUCUUCCACUGAGUGGGGGCAGGUUUUCUACACUACUUCAGAAUCUAGGACCUGAAAAUGCGGUAACUCUACUUGUGUUUGCUGUGACGGAACAUAAAAUUCUCAUCCACUCAUUGCGACCUUCUGUCCUUACUAGCGUGACAGAGGCAUUAGUCUCUAUGAUAUUUCCUUUCCACUGGCCCUGCCCAUACAUUCCUCUCUGUCCCUUGGCACUGGCAGAUGUUUUAAGUGCACCGUGCCCGUUCAUAGUAGGAAUUGAUUCAAGAUACUUUGAUCUCUAUGACCCUCCACCAGAUGUUAGCUGUGUCGACCUAGAUACCAAUACGAUUUCUCAAACUGGAGAUAAGAAAGCUGUUGCAUGGAAGAUCUUACCAAAGAAACCUUGCAAAAACCUGAUGAACACUUUAAGUAAUUUGUAUCAACAACUGGCAGAAUUGCAACAAAGACCAAGAGAAGAUGCAUUAAUGGAAUUAGCAAUGAAUGACUAUGAUUUUAAUUCUGGGAAGAAGUUGCAUCUGUUAGAUUUGGAGAUCCAGGAAGCAUUUCUGUGUUUCAUGGCCUCAAUACUAAAAGGUUACAGGUCUUAUCUAAGGCCAAUAACAGAGGCACCUUCUGAAACAGCCACAGAUGCAAGUUCUCUCUUUGAACUACAAGGUUUCCUCAAAAGUCGAGAUCGUUCACAUCAGAAGUUCUACACGUUAAUGACCAAAACUCAAAUGUUUAUUCGCUUCAUUGAAGAGUGUUCUUUUGUCAGUGAUAAGGAUGCAAGCCUUGCAUUUUUUGAUGACUGCGUAGAUAAAGUAGAUAUGGACAAAACUGGGGAAACACGACUUAUAGAGCUGGAUGAGUCUUACAAGAGUGAGCAUACAGUUUUCAUAACGCCACCUGAGAUCCCUCAUCUGCCAAAUGGUGAAGAGCACCCUCUUCAAUACAGCUACAGUGGGUUCCCAGUUCUAAAACUAGAUUUGUUUGAGCGACCUCAAGUAUUUCUGACAGCACCAAAUAACAAACUGUCCUCAAAAGCCAGUAGUCCCAACAGUCCAUCACCAAUGUUCCGAAGAACUAAACAGGAAAUCAAAUCUGCGCAUAAAAUUGCUAAGAAGUACUCAUCCAUACCUCAGCUGUGGUCCAGGUGUUUGUUGCGUCACUGCUACGGUCUUUGGUUUAUCUGCCUUCCUGCGUAUGUCAAAGUGUGCCAUUCAAAAGUCAGGGCUCUGAGAACUGCAUAUGAUGUGCUACAAAAAAUGCAUACUAAAAAAAUAGAUCCCCCUGAUGAGGUAUGCUACCGAGUGCUCAUGCAACUGUGUGGACAGUAUGGUCAGCCUGUACUAGCAGUGAGAGUUCUUUUUGAAAUGCAGAAAGCUGGUGUUGACCCUAAUGCCAUUACUUAUGGCUAUUACAAUAAGGCCGUUUUGGAAAGUACCUGGCCUUCAAGCAAUCGAGGUGGCUAUUUCCUAUGGAUGAAAAUAAGAAACGUUGUUUUAGGAAUAGCACAGUUCAAAAGAGCCUUGAAAAAACUACCUGCAAGCACACCACAUACAGCCCCUUCUGGGGGACUUUCAGACUUUGGCAAUAACGCAUUAAAAGAAGAAGCCAAGCAAGGGAAAACUUGUCUUCAAGAUAUACAAGAACAAAAAGAGGACAAGAGAGAGAGUGACUCCAGUUCUCUGUCUGAGGUGGAGAGCACAAAAGGGAGUGGUGACUGCCUUCCUAAACUAAACUACCAGAACUCAAGUAAUGCCAAACCUGCUUCUAGCAUAGUGCGGCUCAAUGGUACUGUUGACAAUACAGUAACAGAAGUUAGUACUGAGAGUUCAGUGGGAUUGUUGUUCACAUCAUCUUUUGAGGAUUCCAAUGAAGCAGAAGCUAUUAAAAGUAAAUCCUUAAGAAAGAGGCAUAAAAGCGCAGUAGAACCUGACUUAAGGCAGAUACCAUGGGAAAGUAGGAACCGUAACCUGAGUGGAGAUGCCUUAGUGGGACUCAUGAUAAAUAGAAUAAAUCAGGAAGCAAACCCUGGAGAAAUUGUUGAAAAAUUAGGAGCCGAUGCCAAAAUCUUAUCUAGUGCAUUACAGAAAACCAUAAGGCCAAAAACUCUUAAUAUCAGAACAUCCUCUACAUCCUCUUUAGGAUCAAAGAGAGAGAGUCUGGAGAAAGAGUCUAGUGAUGAAGAUGCAGCUUUCGAUUCUAGUUUUAUGGAUAAAACAGAGUCUCCUGUUAUUUUUGAUCUGGAAGACUUGGAUGCUGAAUCUGAAACACCCGCAACAGUGAAAUCCUCCAAUGAAAAAACUAGAAGGCUGCAAAGAAAGAGCAGCUUUCCAGUAAAGCCAGUUGAAAAGACAGAUGUUGAAACUGGAUUUGAUCCACUGUCCCUCCUGGUUGCUGAGACAGAACAGCAGAAAGAGGAUGAUGACGAUGACGAUGACAAAAGUGUUUCAACUCCAUCUGCAAGACGAGAUUUAGCUGAAGAAAUAGUCAUGUACAUGAACAACAUGAGCAGCCCCUUGUCAAGUCGUGCCCCAAGCAUUGAGUUGCAAAAGCCCUAUGAUGACAGAAAUGCUAAUAAAAAGAGUCCAACAGUAACCCAACCUUGUAGGAGGUCCAGCCUUCCCCCAAACUCCCCAAGGCCAUCCAGCCUUACCAAAUCCAAGAGUUACCACACCAAAAAUGAAGAAAGGCCAAGAGACAGGCUUUGGUCCUCCCCAGCUUAUUCUCCAAGCAGUCCAGCAAAGGAACAGCCACAGGAUGCAGCUGGUGCAUUAACUCUAGUGUCUUCACCAUCAUUCAACUUAGAUACGCUGUUAACACCUAAGUUUGAUGUUCUAAAAAGCAGCAUGUUUUCUGCUGGAAAAGGGGUUGCAGAGAAGGCUAGCAAGUGGUACUCAAAAUUUGCAAUGUAUGCUGCAUCUUCAAAGGAUCAAAAUUCAGACCGGGCAAGUGUUUCAUCUCUUGGAGCUCUGGACUCGGAAUCUACUUCUCUAACUGAUGAAGAUGUCUGCAAUGAUUUUGAAAGUGCUUCUCCUCCUCCGGAGAAUACCACAUCAGAAGUUAAGGGAAUUGGUCUCAGCAGGACAAGCCUAGAAAGCUCAGUUUCCCAUGAUGGCUCAUCAAAACAAUUUGACCAGUGUGGUUCUCUUUCAAAAUUCCCUUUACCUGACAAAUCAGAGUUGAUAUCAUCUUGCAGUACAAGUAGUACCAGUGUGUUUCAGAACUACGCUAUGGAGGUUCUCAUCUCAAGCUGUUCACGAUGCCGAACUUGUGACUGUUUGGUUCACGAUGAAGAAAUCAUGGCAGGUUGGACAGCAGAUGAUUCUAAUCUCAAUACCACAUGCCCUUUCUGUGGGAAUUUAUUUCUGCCUUUUUUAAGCGUAGAAAUCAGAGAUCUUCGACGACCUGGCCGGUAUUUUCUGAAGUCCAGCCCUUCUACAGAAAACAUGCAGUUCCCAUCACUCUUUUCUAAUCAGAGUGGGAAGUCCUGUAACACUGCAGCUACUGUUGGCCUUGCUACAUCUCUAAUGUCUGUUCAAGAAGACUUAAAUUCAAAUAGCAAACCUAAACACCAUGACAAUGUUUGUGCCAGAAGUAUCCAGAUCCCCUCAGGAAGAAGACAAAAUACCUCUGGGUCAGAAUGUACAAGUCACCCUGUAGCAAGGAGCAUCAGUACUUUUGGCCCACUGGUAGAAGAUGAGAAGGAAAACCAGAAGAUCAGCCAUAUCAUUCCUACUGGUAGCCUGCCUGCUACUUUGCAAGGACCAACAGAUUCCUUGGGACUAGAAUGGCGCUUACCUAGUCCUGAUCCUAUAACUGUUCCUUACCUCAGUCCUCUAGUGGUAUGGAAAGAGCUCGAGAGCUUACUUGAAAAUGAAGGGGAUCAUGCAAUAACGGUGGCGGACUUUGUAGAUCAUCAUCCUAUUGUGUUCUGGAAUUUGGUGUGGUAUUUCAGACGUUUGGACUUGCCUAGUAACUUACCAGGAUUAAUACUUUCUUCUGAGCACUGUAAUAAAAACUCAAAGAUUCCACGAAACUGUAUGUCAGAGGACAGUAAAUAUGUUCUUAUUCAGAUGCUAUGGGACAAUAUGAAAUUGCACCAGGAUCCAAGGCAACCUCUGUAUAUUUUAUGGAAUGCUCAGAGUCAAAAUCGCACUCUUUUGUUUGAGACCCAGAAGUACCCAAUGGUCCAUUUAUUACAAAAAGAUGAUGACUCUUUUAACCAGGAGCUCUUGAGAAGUAUGGUGAAAAGUAUUAAGAUGAACGAUGUCUAUGGACCAAUGAGUCAGAUAUUGGAGAGGUUGAACAAAUGGCCACAUAUUAAAAGACAGAGGAGCCUCUAUAGAGAAAUACUGUUUCUUUCACUUGUUGCCCUUGGAAGAGAUAACAUUGAUAUAGAUGCUUUUGACAGAGAGUACAAAAUGGCCUAUGAUCGUCUCACAGCUAAUCAAGUGAAGAAUACUCAUAAUUGUGAUAGACCACCAAGUACUGGAGUGAUGGAAUGCCGAAAGAUUUUUGGAGAACCAUAUCUUUAAAUAUACCUAAUAAAGAGGGGAUAUCUAUGAUGUAUACCUGUGUAAAAUAACCACUUCAGUCACAAGGAGCAUCUCAGUCUUCAGUGUUCAAAAAUGUAUGUACGAAUGUACUGUGGCAGAAGGCCUUAGAAAAAUUAGGCCUAAGUGCAGUUGUAGAAAUGGACUGAGUGAAGAAUGGGCCAAAUACUAUUUCCCUGUCCCAUGUCCUUUCUGCAAAUCAAUUUGUAGAAAGGACGUUUCUAAACAGAAUGAGUUCCCCAGCUUGGGACAACAUGUUACAGUUCCCUUAAUUAAAAAAAAAAAAAAAAAAAAAAAAGUAACAGGUGGACAGAAACAAUGCACUGAAACUAAUGUGAGCGAAGUAAAUUCUUCAAAAUGUAUUGUUUACAUAGAAUAUUCACGAUGUUAUGAGGAGCAUAAAAGUUGUAUUAUACAUAUCUUAAAUUGUUUAUAGUAAGUUGAUAUUUUUUUAAUUUUUUUUAAAUUACUGGAGUGAAUUUUAAAUGGACUUGCUGCAUAAGCAAUACAAUGCUUAUUUUUUUUGCAGUACACUGCUAUUUAUAGUAACCUUGUCCAGUUACUUUUUGAAGAGCGAUUUGUUUUUAAAGCAGUAUAGAAAUAUAAAACUAGACAAUACUUCUAGAUACAGGAUAUCUCUCAUGCACACGUGGAAAACAUACUACCACAGCAAUCAGAUGGCAAGUAUGGUAAACUUCUGUAAAACUCUAGUAAUGAACACACUGAUAUCUCUGUAAAAACACUUCUGUAGACAUAUUCUUUUCUUCCUUCUCCUCCUCUCUUCCCAUCUCUCCCCGUUCCCUAGAAAAGUCUGUAGCGUAUUGAAUAGUCCUACAGAUUAUUUUAUGGAAUCAGUGCAUUUCAGCUGUUGGCACUUGCUGAUGUGACCUCAUUUCAGAUGUAAUACAAAGCAAAUGACAGCCUGCAAAAAUUUCUCUAUAAAAAUGCAGUGUUUAGAACCUCUGGUGGAUGUGUUCAAAACACACUAAAUACGGCACGUACUUAAUGCUAAUCCAAAGCUUUUGAAAAAAAAGUAGAUAUAGCAAACUUGCUACAGGGAAUAUAUAGGGAACGUAUCUUAUCAGGGCAUGUUGUGCAUAGUUAAAGUACAUGGAAUGUUUGGUCUUUACUUCACAGGCAAAAUGACCUUUUUUUUUUUUUUUCUGUGAAGAAAAAUACUGUUAUGUCAGUCCUUGUGGUGGAGUCAUGGCUUUUGACUUACGCUUUCUUGUUCUAGAGAAUUCAAAAAAAUGCUCUGUGUUUUUGGUCAUGUAGCAACUCCACACCAGAAGGUAGGCUACAGAGAAAAUAUUGGAAGUUUUCUAUGGAGGUGGGCAAACAGACAUUGUUGAAUUGUAUAAAACAUCCUAAACCAAUUAAGCCGUGCUUCAACAGAGCUUUAUUUUUUCUUUUUUCUAGUAAUCUUUAUUUUCUGAUUCUAAUUUUUUGAUUGUUGCUGUUUAUAAUACUUCUAAAUACUCAGCUGUUCCAUUAGAUUUUUUUUAUAUUUAGGUCUGCCUAGCUGCAGAUAUAUUUUUUUAAAACCUAUUUAGUUCGCAAGUGUAAUAAUACAGCAAUAUUUAGCUAGGCAGAAAGGAGAUAAAGUAAAUGUAAACUUUAUAGUUUAUUAAAUAAAAUAGAAUGGGCCUCUUAGAGGCUUAAAUGAGAAGUAAUGCUGCUAUGAUGCUCUAUAUAACCUCUUCCCAGUCCUUCUGUAACAUAGUAAGAGGAUGCUGCCCUAAGGAGAAAGGAUUUAAAAUUUGUAGAGCUGCAGGUAUAUGCUAAUGCUAAAUUGCAAGAUGCAUCUUGAUGUAAGUGCAAUCUUGCUAGAUACAGCUUUCAUUGGAUAAUACCUCUUCUUAAUUUGCUGCUAAUUAUGUAGCUGAGGUUUUUUUUUUUCCUUUAAAGUAUUCUCAUUCCCAUCGCUGAAGUGGAUCUAGCAGUGUUACGCUUACCACCAUUUUUCACAUUUAAUUUAUUUUAACAAUUUGUGAUGCUUUAUUUUGUAGUGCCCACACUUGUAAAGUAUUCCUGGUGCAUGAAAUAUAGUGUGUGGUUGUUUUUUGGUUGUUUUUUGUUUUUGGUUUUUUUAAUCUAGGUACAUGGUAAACAAUAUAUCAGUGUAGGGUGAAUACAUACCCACUUCAUUCUUCUAAACUAUUGUGAAAAUAACAGAUUAUUUUUAACAUACUCAUUGUAAGUACCUAUUAGUAUGCAUGUAUGCUCUGCUCUGUACAGUAGCUACACUGUAUUUACUAAGUAAAAAUUGCAUAUGGCAGUUGCCGUGUAUAUAAAUUCAUACAUAUUUGUGCUGUGUAUAACGGAGUGUUCCUAGCUUUUUACAGUUGUUUCCCACAUCAUUUACCGCUUGAGGCAGCCACUGUUUUAUAGCACCUUCAAGCCAUGAAGGAGGGCAACUGCUUUUUCCGGAGCUGCCAUGGUGCUGUAGAGGUACUGAGCUAUGAAGCAGGCUUCACACUUCGUAUUUUCAUCUGGCAGAAGCAACUGAGCCUGAUCUCUAACCGCCUCUCCCUUAUUAAGAUGUUACUCUGCAACUGUGUGUGCGCUAGCACAGGAACAGAGGCAGCACUUGUAAUAUGUGGCCCAGUCUCUCGCUUGUAGUCCCAGCUUAGUUGUAAGUACUUUCAGCUGUCUUCAUUUCUUAUAAAGCCAACAAGUUUGCCACUUCAUUCAAGUAUCAACAGUCCCAUCAGUAUUAUCACGAGAGUAUAUAAUGUACCAUGAAAAGGAUUGUAUAUAUCUUUAUUUAAGAUAAGCAAUCUUACUGUGUUCUUGCAUCCUCAAAGUGGCAUUCCUGAAGCAUUGCUGAUGUUUAGUUGGAUGUGCUUUUAAAUUAAUAUAUCAUGUAGUACUUCAUCAGGUGAAAUCAUUAUACUUCAUUUUAAUGGAUUGUUUUAAGUCUGUUGCAAGUCAUUCCACUGUAGAAGUACUAUAAUAAAAUAUAGUUGAAUAGUGAUAUACUUUAAGUGGGAAACUUUCCUCAUUCAUAUCAUAAUGUUCAAAAUAUAGAUCCUGAGGAGGAUAAUUUUAAAGCAUUGUACAAUUCAAUGUUGAAACAGUUUUCAAAUCUCACUGUCCUUUAUUAGAAAAGCAGGUUGAGUAUAUUUUCCAGUACUGCAAAGGUGGAUAAAUAUUUGAGACAUAUUUUCAAUUUAAAAUUUUGUAUGAACUGAAUUUUCUCCUUUUGUGUACUAAAUAAUGCUUCUGUCAAAAAAAACCUUAAGCAAAGGUUUUAAAUUUGCAGUGCAAUAUAUAUUUUGUUUUACUUAUGGUUCCACUGGAAUAAUUAUUGGAGAUGAAAUAGUGAAAUGUGAAUAGAAACUGUGCUGUUUUCCUGACACUGCUAACCGUUUCCCAUUUUGAGUAGGUUUGCUGUUGGUACAGUUACAGCCGGAUGAAUUAGAUUUCCACUGACAAAUGAAUUGAUGUGUACACCAAGAAAGAGACAAUUCCUGCAUGUAAAAUCUUUUUAUAACAAAUGGGAGAUGCAAAUAGUAAUUAUAGAAAGGGGUAUUUCUGGAUAUUAUCUCACCGGGGUUUUAAAUGGUACUUUGUUAGUUUGCAAGCAGCACUUUUUAAAAGAAUGGUUGUAGAUUUGUAAAUAUGUAAUGUUUAAAUUUUAUUUACCAAAAAACAGUAUGUUGGAUGUUUGCUUUGGUUUGUAUUUCAUUUAAAAUAAGCAAGUCAGUGUUCACAAUGUUAAAUCUUUUUCUGUCUCAUCCAAAAGAAGUUUUACAGUGAGUCAAUAAAAAGCUUAAAAUCUC